GAGCCCUAGAAAGCAGCACAAGUACAAUCUCUGAGUGUGCUCUGUGUACUAAAAUGUGUUAGUAGAAAGAUGAGUAUGCUGAUGCUGUCCUGACGUGCCUCACUGACUAGUACAGAAGAGAAAUGUGUGGAACUUUUGAGAUUUUCCAGAUCUGACCACAGCUGGAAGCAAGGCAUGAUCUUCAGUAUUUCUGAGAGGAGUAGACACACUGAUACUUCCAAUAGCUUUUGAGAAGCAAAGAGAAGCUGAAUGCAAAUGAUUGUAGCAGGAAAAGGCCUGUUGGAAACUCAAUCAUUCCAUGAAGCAGAUGAAGACGUGGUCACUGAUGUUGAUUUCACCAAUAUGAUUUCUGAAGAAGAAAAAGAAGAGUUAAAGAUUGAGCUAGCCAAGCUAGAGGAUGAAAUUUCAACUUUGCGGCAAGUGCUAGCAGCCAAAGAGAAGCACCUGGUUGAAAUUAAACAAAAACUUGGCAUAAGUCUGAUGAAUGAACUGAAGCAGAACUUUAGCAAAAGCUGGCAUGAUAUGCAGACAACUUCUGCUUACAAGAAAACACAUGAGACCCUGAGCCAUGCAGGGCAAAAAGCAACAGCAGCUAUCAGCAAUGUAGGAACAGCCAUCAGCAAGAAGUUUGGAGAUAUGAGAUCGCAUUCAAUUGGCUAUUCUAUUCGCCAUUCCAUAAGCAUGCCUGCAAUGAGGAAUUCUCCAACUUUCAAAUCGUUUGAGGAGAAGGUUGAAACCACUGUCACAAGCCUUAAGACCAAGGUUGGUGGGACAAGCCACACGGGAGGCAGUUUUGAAGAAGUUCUCAGCUCUACAGCCCAUGCUAGUGCUCAGAGCUCCCUGGCUGGCACCCGACUCCCUGAAAGCGAAGAAGAGCUUCAGUGCUAAACAGAAGGCCCUCCUGAGCCCCACAUGCCUCUCUUCAGAGACUUGCCCAAUGAUUUUCAGCUCUCCCUCACCACACAACUUGUGCAAGGUUUUGUCAGCUUUGGAAAAUUGCCAUCCUGGCCUUGUUUUGGAGAAAUAUUUCCUCCCCCUAUUUCUAUUUUAGAUGGGCCAUUUUAUCACCAGGUACUUUGUACAUCAAAACCACACACAAGACAUUGGCUAUAAUGCACUAAAUUCUGUGUUAAGUGACUAAAUAGUUUUCAGUUACAUGUAACUUCCCUCUAACAAUCUCCCAGUCUCUGUUUCGUAUUUAUUUUGGUUUACUUUUUUCUAUCUGUUGGUUUCUGGCUUCCCUCUCAGUACCACAUCAGACAGAUGGACCUAGAGCUGUGCAAAGCAUUCAGCUGCCAGCAGUAGCCCAUACACCAGCUGUCUACCAUCCAUACCAGGUGCCCUUUGCUCAGGAGUGUCUGUAUAUCAUCUAUUUCGUAACAGAAUUAAAAUCACUUACUGUCACAAAAAGCUGUUUCUCCUUCAGUGGUACAGUCUGGCAUUGCCCUACACCUGUUAGGCAGCAGAGUUAAGGAGGGCAGGAAGAGAAACCUGGUUAUUCACAGAGAAACAGCUUCUCACAGCUGCCGAUUUCAGAUCGUCAUUUUGGCUGGAAAGGUUUCAGUUUCAAAAUGUGCCCCAUUGCUUGCUCUCUUCGGUUUCAUAAGACUUGGCAGUGAACUUAAUUAGAAAAUCAAGUGGAGUGGAGGGAACCUCUAAUAUUUUUGCCUCUGUAUCUCCCCGUCAAAACCAAGGGAAAAUAUAUUUAUGAGCCUCUGUCAAGAUACAGCCUUAAGUGAAAGAAUACAAACCCAACAUUUGGCUUCAGACGUGCCAUAGGUUAGAGAGCCCAUGCCUUCAGAGCUGCUAGCAUAGAUCCUGUCACCUGACAAUCCACAGGAUGAGUAAGAACUUCACUUUUGGUGUCAAAUUUUGCUGUGCUUCUCUCCAGGAUGUUAAUUCCACCAACCGCAUUAUCUCUGCUCAGUCACCAAGAGCCAGACAUCUCUCAGCUUUGAUUCAGCAUGUUUUCUGAAUUGCAUUCUUUUAACAUGUUUUCUAAGAAAAGAGCAGCACAUUUGUGACACUAUCUUGCUGUGUAGUGAGCACGUGUCUGUCCGCAUGCUGCGUUGCUCAGCUCACCACACACUGAGGUGGGCAGGACGUUAUCAGUAAGCAGGAUGGAAAAGAGCCUGGCUACUUUGAGAAUGGAUGUAUUUUUGAGCAUACGCCAAAGCUUCAAAUCAGUGUUAGUGACUUUGACAUUACAGACUGCUUAAAAUUUUGUGAGAAAAUGUGGCUUUAAGUGAUUUUUGUUUUUUCUUGUGUGGCUUUUGUUAGUUUUUACAAAGUUGAAAGUCCUUUUGUAAUGUUCUACUGGACAUAGGCUAACUUUGGACAUUUAUAUCACAUGCCUCUUUAGUGUGAUUUUUAGCAUGGAAACAAAUCUAAUUGUUUUUCUAGUAUUCUUGUGACAAUUUUCUAACUUAUGUGUUUUUGUGCAUAAAUGUGAAUUUAUUUAAAAUGGAAGAUACUGACAAUUUAGUUUGUGUAAAUGAAGUUCUUGAUAUUCUUAUUAAAAAUAAAUUUCUCUCUCUUUUA